UUCAUCCCGAUUCCUCAUCAAAACAUCUCGAGUCUUACUUUAUAAGUUAUCAGCAAUCAAAACAAUCGCACACAUUAAUUUUCUGAAAAGAAGCAAAAAUGUCUCUGAUCCCAAGCUUCUUCGGGCGCCGCAGCAGCAACGUGUUCGACCCAUUCUCGCUUGAUGUAUGGGAUCCCUUUCAGGACUUUCCUCUCUCCACUAACUUCCCUUCCUCGGCGCGUGAAACCACGGCGGUGGCCAACGCCCGCAUCGACUGGAAGGAGACGCCGGAGGCACAUCUGUUCAAGGUUGAUGUUCCCGGAUUGAAGAAAGAGGAAGUUAAGGUUGAGGUUGAAGAUGGUGGAAUUCUGCAAAUCAGUGGAGAGAGGAGCAAGGAGCAGGAGGAGAAGAACGACAAGUGGCAGCGUAUUGAGAGGAGCAGCGGCAAGUUCUGCCGCCGCUUCAGGCUGCCGGAGAAUGCCAAGCUGGAGCAGGUCAAGGCGGCGAUGGAGAAUGGGGUGCUGACGGUGACGGUGCCAAAGGAGGAAGUCAAGAAGCCAGAAGUUAAGGCUAUUGAUAUCUCUGGUUAAGUGUAUAAUUUGGUGGCGAAGUCUUUCUUGAUCUUCAGUUUGUGCAGAUGGAUGCUGUGUGUAAUUUAAAAUUUCAACAAGUUAUGUAAGAUUUUGAUAAAUAAAUACUACAAAUAAAGGAGUCUUCAUUUCAA